CAGCUGAGCUUUGUGUGGAGGGGCAGGUGGAAGAGGGUAGUGUUCAUUUCACAUUCAAACACCACACUGGAGCCAUUCUGGGUCAGGGCUUCCAGGAGGGUGACCUUGAGAGACUCAAAUGCUUGGAGAGGGGGAAAAUGGAGCAAACAAAGACAGGGAGCUGAGCUGACAGAGCGGAGAACAGCUUGAGAGGAGGGGAGGGAGGGAGGAGUGAGGGGGAAGGUGGCAGACAUAACUCUGGAGCGGCAGACGCAGCCAAGAGUAACAAACACAGAAUGGAGAAGACCCUGAAGACUGGAGCAGACUAAAGUAGGGGGCAGAGAGGAUGUGAGAGAUGUGGGACGCAAGAGCAGAGGCCCAGGACCCUCCCACGUCAGGCUGGUGGAUCUGGUCCUGGUUCCACCCCCGCCCCCCAGAUUCACUCCCUAGGUGUGUUUGUUUACUGGUCCCUCCCUGUCUCACUCAGAUGCUCCAGCUCUCGGGACCUCGGGGUGCAGAUCACAUUCUCCCAGACUCCUGAGCCCUGGGUCCAGCCAUGGGCACCUCCAGCAUCUGUCUGUGCCUCCUGUUCCUCUGUGGGGCACUGGGUCUCACCACGUCCCCCACCCGGGGACGGCUCCGCUGUUACACCUGCAGCUUCAGCAAACCCUGCUAUCCUGUUCUCACCGAGUGUCAGGAUGACGAAGUUUGUGGCAUCAGUAUCGGCACCUCAGGUAGGACUCUGGUCCCGUGGCUCUACUCCGGGCCCAUCUCCAUCCAUCCAUCCUACUUUUCCUGCUGCCCCCCACACAGUCUUUGCCUCCUUCCUGCCCGGGCCUCAGCAUUCCCUCUUUGUCCCACAGAGCAGAGUGAGAUCAUCGAGCGGAAAGGCUGCCUCCCAAGGGCCCAGUGCCCUCUGCAGGGCCAUGCCACCUACUGGUCACGCUCCUAUGCUCUGCGGCACCACUGCUGUGAGCAGAACCUGUGCAACACAGCCACCGUGCUGCAGCGGCUCCCCAGCCCCCUCCUCAUCACCCUGCUCCUCCUCGUGGCCAGCUUCGUGUGGGGAGCCCACCUCCUCCACUAGCCUCAAACCAGGACUCCUCCACCAUCACCACCACCCUGGAAACACCUCAUCUGAGAUAUGCCCAAGAACCUGAUUCUGAAGAGACCUCAGGUCUCUGGCCCAAUACCUUCCCAGACCCUUCCCAAGGCUUGAUUCCUACGGGCACUGCUCUAACCCCUAUAGGUACCUGCCCAGAGCCCAGCCUCGUAAAGAACACCUGUUCUAUGCCUUUUGUCUUUUCUAGUUGCCCGAUGUUGAUGCUCUAUCUUAGCUCCAGGUCUUGGGCAAGGCAGGUGUUUUGAUGGAGCUGUGGGUCCCAGGCACGGGGAUUGAAGGGGCACCAGGUAUGGUGAGGAGGACAGUCUUGCUAGGAAAGAUUAAUUUGGCAGGUUAGGAACUCAGGAAGGAGGUUCUUGGGGAACUAUGAAGAGUAAAUUUAAUAAAAGUGCUAUUUGUGAGUCUAGGA